CCUUCCAACACUAGAGGCGGGGCGGCAGCGAUGUCGACGGCGCACGGGGGAGGAUCUCACCGGCCGUCCACGCGCGGGGAGGAGCCAGCCGGCCGUCCCACGAGCUCGCCGGCCAUCCGUGCGCAAGGGGAGGAGCUCGCGGGCGUCCGCGUGCGGGGGAGGAGCUCGUCGACCGUCCGCCUGCCGUCCGCGCGCUGGGGAGGAGCUCGCCGGCGUUCACGCGCGGGUGUGGACUCGCCUGCCGUCCGCGCGCCGGGGGAGAAGAUCGCCGGCGUCCGCGCGCGGGGGUGGAACUCGCCGGCCGUCCGCGCGCCUGGGGAGGAGCUCGCCGAUGGUGGCGGUGGGGACGAGGUGGUGGGGAGCAGCGACGGUCGGAAGCGGUGGCGGUGGCGGUGGGGAGCGGUGGAGGCGGUCGGGAGUGGCAGCGGCCGUGGCGGUGGGGAGCAGCGCGGCGCCGUUGAGACAGCUUGCUGCCUCAUGUCCCGGGAGCUGGAGCUCCUGCUGUUUUUGCUGGCCCUACGGGUGAGCGGUGACUCGGUGAGGUCGUCGCAGGUUCGGCGACGGCAGCGGCGUGGCCCGGGCUGCAGGUGGGGUUCUACCAUGCCAAGUGCCCUGUCGCGGAGGACGUCGUGCUGGGCGAGAUGAGGAGGAUCCCACGCUCGCGCCGUCUCUGCACCGGAUGCAUUACCACGACUGCUUCGUCCAGGGGUGUGACGUAUCGAUCAUGCUGAGGUCGAGGAGCGGGAAGGGGGAGAGGGACGCGACGCCCAACCGGAGCAUGCGAGGCUACGACGCCAUCAAUCGGAUCAAGGCGAGGCUGGAGAGCAUCUGCCCGCUCACCGCCGCCGUCCCGACCGCCGCCACCGCUCCCCACUGCCGUCCCAGUCGCUGCUCCGACCAAGAGAAAGGCCGAGGGGAGAGAGAUAAGGGAGAGAGAGGGGGAGGAAGAAGGGAAGGAGUCCCACAAUACUCUUCUUUUUUUUUUUUUGUGUGUGUGAAUGGCAUAUGGGUCCCACAUAUAUUUUUAAUUCUAAUGCCACAUAAGCGCCACGUAGAAUAGAGACUUGAUCAACACCGCCGUGUGAAUACCACGUCAGCUAAAACCACCUCCAAAAUCUUGUUUGCACCGGUUUUAAUAGUUGGAGGAGCCGAUAUACCCGGUUUUAUGGUUGGAGGUUAUAAAUCGAGGGAUAGUUGAGGGAGUCAAAGUAUACAUUUUCCUUCUAUAUAAAGCGAAUUGUUGGGCCUCCGUCUCUUCUCCCUCGUCCUCCGUCCCCUGCUCGUCCUCUUCGGCAAGCCGACAAAUCUGCCGCCGGCGCCGCCGCAUCCUCCUUCAGGCCCUCUCCCGCGCGCCAAGUUGGCAAGGCCGGUCGUGGUGCUGCCCCCCGCUGAUCGAAUGUCUUCUCCAAGUCGAAGAAGCUCUGUGCCCCUCCCUCUUCCAGACCCCAGCAGCAGCAGAUCAGAAACGAGUGCCGUGAGGAGCGAAGGAGAUGCCGCUGAGGAGAAAUCUGAAGAACAGAGACCGGGAAGAAGAAGAAGAAAGAGGAAGCAGCGAGGACCGACACGCCCGACUAUCGCGCUUCUUACGGAAGAAGCGAAGCAGAGGCUGCUGAGGGCAGAGGGGCAGACUUCGCCCGGAACAACUGUCUCACCUUUUGCUCCUGCACCCCGUCGUCCUCAAUACCCGCCAUUCCCAGAGGAUGGCAAUGUUGAGGAUGUGCGCAAGUGGAACGACGAGUGCCACGAGGUCAGUAAGAUCAUCAAGAAAAUUGAGAAAGAACGUGAUAAAGAUAUCCCUAUCAAGACUGAGCCCAAGGACCCAUACACCACCGAGGCCAUACAGAGCUCAAGAGACAAGGUGGUGGUUUUGCAGGCGGCACGCGCCAUUGUCAGCAUUUCGCACAUCAUGGAUGAUGGGCAGAGGCGACCACAAUGUACUGGCAUUAUUAUUAAACAAUGGUCUGAUGACACUGGGCAUCAUCAUGCUACCAUAGUGACCUAUUCUAGGAUCGUAUGCGAAGCGGGUAGAAAACGUGAUCCCUUACCCAAGCUAUCUGUUUGCUUACCGAACAAGAAGACUGUCUUGGAUGCGGAGCUUAUCUACUUCAAUGAUCAUUAUGACAUUGCCCUAUUACAUAUCAAUCUAGAAGUUACCAUGGAGCUCCCAUCUUUUGGACGUGGCCCAGAGUAUGGUCAAGAAGUUUUUGUGUUGGCUAGGGAUGGAGAGGCAUCCUUGAGGGCUAGGCGAGGAGAUAUCCAAUGGUUAGAAGAAUCAGAUAUUUUAGGGCGUGACCACUACAUGUUUCUGAGCUGUGACAUCCCUGAGGGUGGGAAUGAAGGAAUGGUGAUUGACAAUGAUGGUGUAGUUAGAGGGAUGGCAAUCUAUUGUAGCCCCUAUCCUGCUGUUACUUCAAUUUCUACUAUUGUAAAAUGCAUUGACAUGUUUAUGCAGUUCAAUCAGGUUGCUCGCCCCCUUUUUGGUAUUGGUGUCAGAACAAUAGCGCUGUUGGAUGUGCAGCUUCAGGAGGAUAUCAGUGACUUUGGCAUCAAGGGUGGUUUCCUUGUAGAUAGGGUGUAUAAUCCUGUCGCCGAGGAUCUUGGGAUAAAGCGUGGUAAUGUAAUUACUUCUAUAAAUGGGAAGGGUGCUCUAACGUUACCUGAGCUGGAAGAUUAUCUUCUAUUACUUGGCUGGGGUUAUUUGGAGGACAAACUAAAUUGCAUUAAAGAUAUCAAGCUUAGAGUUUGUGAUCUCAAGAGUGGUGUGGAAAUAGAUGUCACACUGCCUGUUAGAUUCUAUGAUAAAUCUGAGAGGAAAUUACGUUUCCGUCAUGAUGAAGACUGAUAGGAUAGGAUGGGCUCAGAUGACACCUCGUAGUGCCAUGGCUUCUGAGCAGUCUGGAUGUUUUGCUUGUGUUCUGUCAUGCUGCUGAUACUAGUUGCAAGGUGGGGAGAUUGUUGUAGAUUUGUCCUUUGGUCUAUCCAUCAAGCGAUAUAAUUUGGUUACACAGUAGCUUUAAUGUAAAAUGGGGUUCUGAAUUCUUUUUUUUUUCUAAAUAUUUUUAGCAGACCAGUAUUUUUAUCCUUGGUUCCUGAGUGCGAAUGACGGCAGAGUUAGUCGUUUAUUUUCUCGUUUAAUUUUACCACAAGUGCAGCUCACCCUUCAAAUAAUUCAUUUGAUCCGAAUUUAAUUCUAUCCCGAAUAUCACACCA